CGGAACAGUCGAGGCGCGCCCCUCCAGGCGGUUGGGUCAUGUAGCCGCCAGGGGCGCUCGCAUCGAGAAGCGCCCAGGGCCUUCUGGCUCAGCUGCCGGAGCUCAAGGCCGCGCCGCGGCGUAGAGUGUUUGGCAGGGGAAGGGGUAUGGCGUAGUAGGCGUCGGGUGUUGCGCGUGUUUUAGUGUCUGGGUGUCUCCAGUCUGGUGAUCGUACUGUGUGAGGUUGUGCCAGGCCGCCGGUAUGACCAUCCCGGGCGUGUAUCGGCAUGAGAGCAGCGAGAACUUGGACGCCUUCUUCUCGGCUGUCGGCGUGCCAUGGGUUCCUCGGAAAAUCAUGUGCAACUCGCAUCCUUGCGUGGAAGUGACCGAUGAAGGCGAUGAUUCGUUCCGCAUCAAGACGGUCACUAUGCUUAAGACGCUCGACAUGAAGUUCAAACUUGGUGAAAAGUUUGAAGAUUCUCUGAUGUCUGGAGAUAAGACUGAGAACGUGAUCCGCAGAGAGGGCGACUCGCUGAUUCAGGAGCAAGAUAGCGUCAAGGGCAAGAUUGUCAUCACGCGGGCCUUCACCGAGGCCGGCAUGGACAUGACGCUGGAGCACAAGGACUCUGGUGUGAAGGCGACCCGACACUUCCGGCGCCAGACCACCGCUUGAUUGGGUGGAUGGGGCGCGAUUUGACGGCCCGGCCCGGCCCUGCAGCGGGCGGCACCGGACCGUCACACUCGCCCUGACACGGACCAUGCGCCGCGAGAGAGCUGCACGGCCCAACAGCUGCUACCUAACACAGACCCCGCACAUUGGCGCACUAUUUUUAAAGGGUGUAAGGGACGAUUUGUUGUAUUCGUUUUUCGUUGAUUUGUAAACUUUAAUGGGAGUCCUCGUCCCUGCACAAAGGCUACUGAGGGUAUACCGUUGCAAUGCGAGUCUAUGUGAUGUAACAGUCAAACUGUCCUGGCGAAAGGACCUCCACAUAGUCUUUCUCAGUCUCCGAAUGUUCAUAGUCCGGUGUAGUGGGGUUUGGUCUUUGCUACGGAGCAAGCUGUUAUUCACUGAGCUCUCAUAAAAAACAUAUAUUAGUGGCAUAGCCUACCCGGCCAAGCUCCGUACUAACUAGAUCGGGCUCCUGUCAUCUGAAGCCUUUGUGUUUUCAAUGAAAAGGGAGGCCGAAUAUGAAAAUGCUUGUAAGAUGCUAUGAAGCGACGCUUCGUGAACAUGUCAUGCUCUGUCCUAUAAUAUAAUGGUAUGUAUAGGCUGGUAUACGUUUGCACGUAGGUUUCAUACUUUGUUAAAUAUAAUGGGUCAAGUUACGCACAAUAUAUCUAUAUGUACGUGGCUUAUAA